UGUUUUCAAGUCGUACUCUUCUGCCAUUUCUUUUCCAUCUGUGAAGAGGUAGUGAAUCUUCCUUUUUCCUGGAGGUGGAUUCCAGAAGCAAAUUAGCACACAAAUUAGAAAAAAAAAAUACUGGAAUGUAGGCCUAGUUUAGCACAAACAAGCCACGUAGUUUUAGUAUUAGCCCAACCGGACAUCUUAUCAUUCUUAGGUUGGCCACUGGUGCCCACCUUUAAUAGACAGGAUGGUGCCUCGUCACGGGAUCAUGAAAGCUUUCCCCAAAGUUAAAAGGGCCAGAGUACUACAGGGAAAGGAUGCACCCCCACUAAAGAAGAAACCUGAUGAAUGUGAUGUCACAGGAAACACUUUUAAUGGUGUCACAGUAUACAUCCUGCCUGCUGGAAUAGGAAAUGCCAGGUGCCAGAUCUUUCAAAAACAAAUUCAGCAGAAUGGAGGACAGACGGAGAAUUCACUGUGUCCAGGUGUCACUCACGUUGUUGUAGAUGACAACAUGGACAGUGACAGAGCUCUGCGCUUACUGAAAGUGGAUCGUAUGCCCUCUGGAGUCCAUCUGGUGAAAUGCACUUGGUUGAGCUUGUGCAUCAGUGAGAAACAACUACUGGACGUCGCCAGCUACAGCCAUCUGUUACCGAACAGGGACUCUGAAACAAAACAUGAAAAUAUUAAAGAAGAGUUGCCGAAAGUCAAGCCUGCUGCUGAAACAAUUGUAGAGCCAGUUACUCAUCAAACCAAGCAAGGGGAGACCAUAGAGAUGACACUACCAGAUACCAAAGAGGAACCACAAGGAGAAGACGAUGGCGUCCCACAAAGUGACCUGGAAGCACUCAUCACGGGCCAGAACCCCAAAGACGGUAUUCCUGGCCCCAGCCUCAACCCCGGUCAAGACUCUGCUGCUCAGGAUGUGGUCUCUGGGAAGUGGGUCUGUGCUCAGUCCUCUCAGUCCAAAAGUAAUAACUUCAAUAAACCCAUCACAGACAAACUAGAAGUACUGGCCAAGGCCUACACUCACCAGGGGGACAAGUGGAGGGCACUGAGCUACUCCAAGGCUGUCAACGCACUGAAGAGUUACCACAAGCCUAUUACAUCAUAUCAGGAGGCUUUGCAGAUUCCAGGAAUUGGAAAACGUAUGGCUGACAAAAUUGAUGAGAUUAUGGAGAGUGGUCAUCUCCGGAAGCUAGAUCACAUCGGGGAGGCUGUGCCAGUACUGGAGCUUUUCACUAACAUUUGGGGUGCAGGAGCUAAAACUGCACAACUGUGGUACCAACAGGGAUUUCGCACUUUGGAGGACAUCCGCACAAAAGCUCUCCUAAGCAGCACUCAGAAAAUUGGAAUCAAGCACUAUGAUGACUUUCUAGACCGAAUGCCCAGAGAAGAAGCAGCAGCCAUAGAGAAAGUGGUGAGGGAUGCCGCCCAGGCUAUUGACCCAGGCCUGUUGGCGAUGGCAUGUGGCUCCUACCGUCGGGGAAAAGCCACGUGUGGAGAUGUUGAUGUACUUAUCUCUCACCCUAAUGGCAAGUCCCACAAGGGCAUUUUCAGCAAAGUGUUACAGAGCCUCCAUAACAGUGGGUUUUUGACAGACGACCUGGUGAGCCAUGAGGAGAAUGGAGAGCAGAAGAAAUACAUGGGUGUGUGCCGCUUGCCAGGACCUGGUCACCGCCAUCGCAGGCUGGACAUCAUCGUAGUUCCGUAUAACGAGUUUGCCUGUGCUCUCAUGUAUUUCACCGGGUCGGCACACUUUAACCGCUCAAUGAGAGCCCUGGCAAGGACAAAAAACAUGGGCUUAUCAGAGCACUCGCUGAACAAAGCUGUGGUGCGUCAGGGAAACUUGAAGGUGUGUGGCGGCACUCCACUUCCUACACCGACAGAGAAGGAUGUUUUUAGCCUUUUAGGCAUACCGUACAGGGAGCCUCAUGAAAGGGACUGGUGAUGAUUUGCCAAGCACAAUGCCAUGUCUGGUUUUAUAGAAAAAUAAUCAUGAUGACGACAACAAUGACGACGAUGAUGAUGAAUGAUGACAGUGAGAAACCGCAAAUAUGCUCAAACAACCAAUUUUAAGGAUUUUUUUACACUCCACAGAUCAUGUAAGAGACCUGUUUGACUUGAAUGCUAAUUUUAUUCUACAGAUAAAAUGGUUGGGUUCACUCAAAUCUCAAAACAAUAUAUUUUCAUUCUCAAUCCUAGUUGUAUUUGUCCCUCCAGGUGGUUUAAGCCGUAUAUGCUGAGGUUU